ACAAUUUUUUUCGCUGCUAAACCACAUAUAGUUGGUCAUUCCAGUUCAGAGGUAUACGUAAAGUUGUGAAUCCAGACAUUUUUUUGUCAAAAUAGAGAUAGAAUUUGCUGAAAUGUCUCGACGUCCAAAAUCUAUUUCGGCAGCACUAAACAACCGCAAUAAGCAAAAGGCGGUGACUAGAAGUAAUUCAACAGCGUCCACGACAUCAUCCAACAGAUCAGAAUUAGAAAUUGCAUACGAAAAAUUGGUGGAAAAAUACAAAUUAAUGGAAUUAGAGGUGCACAAUCUGAAGUGUGAAGUGAAGCCACUACGUGAGGAGAACCAGAGGUUGAGAUUGGAAAACGAACGCUUAACACACGAUAAUGUUUACUUAAUGAAAACACGGGAUCAUAAAGAGUAUGAAAUAUCAGAACUCCAUGAUAAACUGGAGGAAACGAAUUCGAUGAAGAGGGGCAGUAAAUUUGCCAGUAUGGUCGGUAAACUUCAACUUAAACUUAAACGACGACCAACAAUAGAGACACUGUCAAGGAAUGGCUACUAUAAAGAUGAACCGUGCUUCGGAAACGAUUUGAACAGCACGAUAAUGCAUGACGUCCAUUUCGAUGUGCCAAAGGUUCUAGUCGAAUCGGUUAAGGUUCUCGAGAGCAAUACGUUAUACAUGAAGUCAUUAGGACUGUAUCGCAUAUCUGGAAGCCACACAGUCAUUCAAAAAUUGCGUUUCAAGAUCAAUUCGAACAACUACAAACUGCUAUGUGAACAAACAGAUCCGAACAACAUCACAGGUCUUAUCAAAUUAUUUUUCAGGGAAUUGAGAAAGCCGCUCAUUUCGUUGGAGCAAAUUCGGGAUACGAUAGCCAAAGAGGAAUACAGCACCUUUGCUGACCCCAACACAGACGAACAUUACAGGGUAGUAAGAAUGCGAUCGUUAAUUGAGAAACUGGCUCCGAAAUACAGGUCGACCCUAAAGUUUUUCGUUGAACAUUUGAAAAGGGUGGCAGACAUUCCAGAGAAUGACAUGACGCCAUACACUCUAUCGAUCGUCAUCGGUGCUUGUGUUUGCUACGAGACAAUGGCUGAUGUUUGCUUCGAUCCGGAAUUGUGUCGUAUACCAAACAAAUGUAUUGAAGUAUUGAUUCAGCAUUAUAAGAUUAUAUUUUGAUUGGAUUGCUUUUCA